AUGGCGGAAGCUCUUCCUGCGGAAGCUGCGAAGCCGGAGGAGGUGGGGGAAACCCGGCGUUCAGGAUCCUUUCCUCCAGCGUGGCUGUUGGGAAGGUUUCGCCGUGCGGACUCAGGUGAAAGAACCAGCAGAAGCCUAGAUGCUAAAAUCACAAGCGACGCGGAGAAGUCCGAUGGUGCCAUCUGGCGGAGAUGGAAAUCCAAGAUGCGCAUGAGCGAAGAGGCUCUGGACUGCCUCGAGAAGGGCAGGGGGGACGCCAGCUGUGACUCCGUGCGGAGCCAGUCCUCGGAUAGGUCCUCCGAUGUGUCCCUGACCUUCAAAGAGGUUUCCUUCGAUGUGCACCUUCGUGGGGGACAAAAGAAGCAGAUCUUGGCGCCCAUCUCCGGACACUUCGAGUCCGGCAAUCUGGUGGCCAUCAUGGAUAUCACGAGUUGCAUCAGCUCUGAGGACAUCCUGGCCGACAAGAAAACUGCAGGCUAUUCUGGCACCAUCCACUUCAACGGUCGCCCCCGAGACCACUUGUUUCCGCGGGUCUCUGCGUACGUGCCGCAAGAAGAGGCGAUGCCGAAGUGCUUGACCGUCAUGGAGGCCGGUGCACGUGCAGGGACUGAUUUCUUUGGCUGGCUGUACAUAUUGGGCGUAGAUGCGGGCUACCGUGGUGAGGCGAUGGAGUUCAAUAUCAGCCUCAAGAUCGAAAGGCCGAGCCAGAUGACCCGGAAGAUGCAGCAGCUCUGGCUGGAGCGGCGGCUGGCCGUUCUGGGACUCGAGAAGGUGAAGGACCACUACAUCGGCGAUGGCACCUCUUUGCGAGGGAUCUCUGGUGGUCAGAAGAGGCGUCUUUCCUUGGCGAAGCGCCUCGCAAGCGGUGCACGGGUGUUCUUCUGCGACGAGCCUACCUCUGGCCUCUCAGCGACAGAUGCGGAAGCUUGCAUGAGGUACAUGAAGCAUAUGUGCAGGUACUACAACAUCCUCGUUCUCGUUGUGAUACAUCAGCCCAGGAUAGAGGUGGCGAAUUUGUUCGAUGAGCUGCUGCUGAUGACCUCCGGCCCUGGACGCGCCGUCUACAAUGGCAAGAUGGAGGACGUCAUCGACUAUCUGCGCAACGCAGGCUUCGAAGUGCCACUGCACGCCAACCCGUUGGACUUCUUCAUGGACCUGGUUACACCGGAGCGCCAAGACGCGCGAGUGGACACGUUUGUGCUGCAUUACCGUGGGAAAGCCGAGCAAGAGGUCGCCUCGCGCGUGGAGGCGGGGCUCCAGGCGGAGCUGGUCGGUGCCUUCCAGUUACUCCAGGAAGUGCAUGUGUACAUGCAGACGUGGGGCAACUUGACACCACUGCGGGACAGUGUUUAUGCCAGACGCUUUCGCACACAGCUCUGGGUCGUCUUCAAGCGUCAGUUGAUUCUACGCUCACGCGACAAGAGCGGCUUUCUUGCCGAUCUGCUCGGUGGCCUGGCGAAGGCUCUGGUGGUCGGCGUGGUCUACAUGCGAACGGGUGAGCUGGGCGCAGCGCAACAAACAGCCUUCUUUUUCAUGCUCUGUAUGACCUGCGCCAUCGACGGCCUGAAGAGCAUGCCUGCGAUCAUCGGUGAGCGCAGCAUCGUCAAGAUGGAGGCAGCAGAGGUGCUGUACAGCGAGUGGGCCUACAUCUUCUCGUUUGGAGUCUUGAACACCUUGCAGAUGCUGCUGGUCCACAGCAUUUUCAUCACAGUCCUCUUUGCCAUGAGCGGCUUGAGAUGGCAGAUGUACGCUGAUGUGUAUCUGUGGUCAACUUUGUUGGCUGCCACCAUGAAUGCUCUUUACCUCAUGGUGGCAGCGAUAGCCAAAGAUGCCCAAUCUGCGAUCGUUUUCUCUUCCCCAUUCAUGAUGCUCUUCUUGUUGUUCAAUGGCUUUACCGCAACCCGGUCAUCUGUCGUCCCAUGGAUGAGAUGGGCCAUUGACAUUUCCCCGGUGGCAUACAGCAUUCAACAAAUGGUGUACGCAGCAAAGCACACGUAUGCCGAUGACGACGGCCUCGUCAAAGGCUAUGAAGGUGUGAUCCAGCUGUCCGAAUACAAGGACCAACCGUCCAGAGCGAUCGCUGUGGUCGCGAUCUGCUUUGGCAUCUUCAAAACUGUGCAGCUGACGGCGUUCCGACGGCUGAACAAGAUUCAGAGAUGA